CGGUAUAAGCUGCUUGCCGGGAGCUGGUGAGGCGUUCACUUUGGGCCGGGGCGCUCCAGUGCGACCAUGGACCGGAGGAAAAAGCCCUUGGACGUCACGGCGUCCUCGUUGGUAGACCUUAAGGCUGAACUCUUCCGAAAACAAGAAGAAUUCAAACAAGAAAAACUUCUCAAAGAUGCUGGAGUUUUGGGGAAACCAAAACCAACUACUAAGAAACCAAGUAUCUGGAGCAGACAAAACGCAGGAGUUUCUAAUCGAGCUGAGACGGAUGCUGAACAGAAGAUUGAGGAACAGAAGACUUUGGACAAAGCGAGGGAGAAAUUGGAAGAAAAAGCCAAAUUAUAUGAAAAAAUGACUAACGGAGACUUUAUAGAUGAAGAAGUGGAGGAUAUGUACCUUGUGGAUUUCACACAGAAGAUCAUAGACAAACACAAAGAAAUGGAAGAGAUUGGUGCCAAUAGAGAUUAUAGAAGGACAGAAAGAGACGAUGAUGAAGAAACCGUUUCUGAAAAAGAUAUCCCUCCUCCCCAGGACCCCAGUGAAGAAUGGGUGGAUUAUGUGGAUUCUUUAGGGCGAUCCCGGCGCUGUAUGAGAAAGGAUUUGCCACAUCUGCUGGAAAUGGAUAAAAAUCUUCAGGGGAGGCUUUUCGUUAGUCCUGCAAAUGAAAAAACCUUACUAUCUGAAGAUAUGAGAAAAGAACUCCAGCGCCAGCAAUGGGAGGAAGAAGAGAGGGAGUCCCUGAGAAGGCCAAUGGGGCCCGUACAUUACGAAGACAUUCGUGAAAAUGAGGCCCGGCAACUUGGUGUUGGAUACUUUGCCUUUGCCCGAGAUAAAGAGUUGAGAAACAAGCAGAUGAAAACUUUAGAAAUGCUGCGUGAGCAGACAACAGAUCAGAGAACAAAACGAGAAAAUAUAAAGGAAAAGAGAAAGGCUAUGUUAGAAGCAAGACUUGCCAAACUCCGACAAAAAAAGAUGAAAAAAUCAAAAGAGGACGGAGCAGAGGAAGAAGAUAGAGAUGGAGAUGUUAUUGGGCCAUUGCCACCAGAACCAGAGGUCAUGCCAGCUCCUCAUACAGCUGCCCAGAGUAGCAAAGUCGAAGUCAUCGUUCAGGAGAGGAAGGAUACCAGGCCUGGGGUGCCGCACGUCCGCGAGUGGGACAGAGGAAAAGACUUUUCCUUUGGGUAUUGGUUGAAGAGGCAAUCAGAUCUCCGGGCUGAGAGAGACCCUGAGUUUGCCCCACCAUCGAAUUACUUUGUGGACCAAAAAAGAACUGGUUCUCUGAGUAGCCAGGCCUGGAACAGACCUGCACCUGCACAGAGUGACCCGGGGCAGCACUCUGGCCAGAGCCAUGACCCCGGCUCUUCACAUACAUCAUCCACUCCAGCCCCCAGUGGCCCACCACAAGCCCAGGUGGUCACUUUUGAAACUCUGGAUGAUAUGAUUUCAUAUUAUAAACAAGUGACAUGAACUUAAAAACACUAUAACGGGUCUGUACUGUUGACGGUGCCUUCCUCUCCCAGAGCAGAGAAAAUAACUUAACUUUAGGGACUGAAUUGUAACUUUCUCUUCCUGUCUUUUACCUGAAGAUCGAGACUUCAGACUGUAUUUGUCAGCAGCAGCGAAGAAAGUGAAUGGUACUGUGGGAACUCUGGCCACUUAGCUGUUCAUUUCAUUCUAAUUGGUAUGGAGAUACCAAUUCAUCUGGAUUUACAUGUGAGCUGAGACAGAGUAAACAUACUCUGUAAUAUUUGAUACUAAGGAGUUUGUAAUCCUGUCUGCUUCAUACCCACUCCCAUGACUUACUCAGAUUUAAGGGUUCCACUCCUUUCCUUUUGCCAGUACUAGCUUGUAGAUGUCUUUGUUCCAAGCAUUCAGCUUCCAGGUCAUUUGGUGGAGCAUCUGUCAGGAAGAAUUUUGGCCUGUCAAAUGGUGGCACAUGAGGGUACACUGGGAGGCAAAGUGAUCUAGUCUCCAGGAGGACGCUGACACUGAUGGAGAAUUAAGCAUAUCAUUUGAAAUGAUCAAGAAGACCAGGGAGGACUUCACAAUCCAGAAAGGUAGACAUUGACGUCACUUGUUCUUACUAUCACCCCUUCUUGAGUGGCGAUUAUCACAGCCACGCAUAGUGGGUGUUCAUUAAGUGUGUAUUGAGUGACGGGCACAUGUGGAGGUUGCUGGGCAUGGUAAGAGCAAGAGAUGCUCCUUAGCCACCAGGGUUGGUUUUUCAUCUCCGCCUGCCUCCCUGGUUCUCUCGCUCUGGGCCCUGAGCUCUCUCGGGAGCUGAGUCACCUCAGCCUAGGUGGGAUGGAUUUGCGCUGGAGUGAGAGACAGCAAGGUCCUUUUGUCUUUACUAACGAGUGGGCGAGCAGAGCUCCAGAAGGACUUCCUGUGCCUGAGUACCGUUCCUGUCCUCUACCUACUACACCGCAGUGUCCUCUUCACAGCUGUAGACAAGCAGUAGAAGUUGACCACCAGAUCCACAGGGCUGUUACAGCUGCCUCCCAGGCCAGUGAGUCUUGUAAGAAGGUGCUAGAGCAGGUCCUUGAAGCGCCUGCUGGAGCCCGUGGUCUCUGUCCCCACAGCACAGUGGUGUUGCUGGGAGCACCCCUGUUCUCAUUAUGGAUUGCAAGCUGGAGCACAGAGAGGGUCAGUGAUUCGUCACGUGAUGUCUAAGUGACAGAUGGUUUAGGUGCAGUUUUGCUUCAGACUCAUGUUUUCUUCAGCACCCUCUGCUCUCAGUCUUUUUCCCCAGUAUUGAGCAGUAAUAGACAAAAUUCCAAAUUCUUGCAAACUUAACCUCUGAAGUCCAGAUCAAGGGUGGAGUUGCAAGACCUAUUAAAUGGUCAUUUUGUCAGCCUGAUCAGGCAAAUACCUCUCCUAACAAAAAUGAAAACCAACUGACCCAGCUGCCUUUUUCUGCAGAAAUUGACAAACUCAUCCUAAAAUUCAUAUGGAAUUGCAAGGGACCCAGAAUAUCAAAUAUUCAAAACAAUUUUGAAUAAGAACAAAGUUGGGGGACUCACUUCCUGAUUUCAAGACUUACUACAAAGCUACAGGGAUCAAAACAAUGUGGUACUGGACUUCCCUCGUGGCACAGUGGUUAAGAAUCCACCUGCCACUGCAGGGGACACGGGUUCGAGCCCUGAUCCGGGAAGAUCCCACAUGCCGUGGAGCAACUAAGCCUGUGCGCCACAACUACCGAGCCUGCGCUCUAGAGCCUGGGCACCUAGAGCCCAUGCUCUGCAACAAGAGAAGCCACCACAAUGAGAAGCCCGCGCACCACAACUAGAGAAAGCCCGCAUGCAGCAACGAAGACCUAACGCAGCCAAAAAUAUAUAAAUAAAUAAAUUUAUAAAAAACAAAAAACAAUGUGGUACUGACAUAUUGAUAAAUCGCUGAAACAGAGUUGAGAGUCCAGAAAUAAACCCAUACAUCUAUGGUCACUUGAUUUUUUGACAGUGGUGCCAAAAUCAUCCAGUAGGGAAAGAACAGUCUUCUACAGAUGGUUCUGGGACAGCUGACUCGCCACAUGCAAAACAAUGGACUUGGACCCAUACCUCACACCACAUACAAAAGCACCUCAAAAUGGACCAAAGGCUUAAAUGUAAAACUGUAAAACCAACUGAAACAGCUUGUAGGACAAAAGGAGAGGAGACAAAAAGAAAAAUUGGAAUACUAAAAGGAAAAAACAGAAUUAUUAGAUAUCCUAGAAUCAUAAGGAAAAAUAGAAGAAAAGAGAAGGUGAAUAAUAGACAAAUAAGAGAAAGAUGGGAAGAGGGUGUGUUUAUAAGGUAGAGCAGAAGGCCUCGAGAGGCAUAGCAUAGAGAAGGGAUGGGAAGACUAGUCAGGCAGCAACAAGUGCAUGAGUAUAGGAGGCAGUGGUCGCGGAAGGGGCCCCCAAAUAACCUUUUGUCCUUGCCCAGGGCACCCACGGUGGACGGCAGAGCAGUCUGUACACGUUGGCUCAGGGUCACUGUCAACUAAUAACUGUAAGUUGGAUAGUCUCUAGGAUUUCAAAGACUGUGUAAGCCUUUUACUAAUCCCCUUUUAACAGCAUAUGUUGAGUGUUUUGUGAGCCCAGUUUUAUC